AUGUCUUUUUUGCUGGUUCGAGCCUUGCUAUGCCCAUUCAGUCUUCUUUUUUUACUGCUUGUUUCUGCUGACAGCACCUCUCACUGCUUCCGCCAACAAGAAAAUGGAUAUGCGCGAACUACAGUGCAAUGUAUCCAGCAGCCAUCGCUACAACUACAAUUGCCCCUUUUAUAUUUACUUGCUGAUGGCACGCCUUGUGUUGUGCAGCUGCAGCAUAUUGAACCGGGAUUGUGCGGUGACAACUUCAUGCGAUUCGAAACCCCAAGAGUUUUUGAACUACUCUUCGUUGAAGCCUCAAGUCAAACCGAUCAUCAGAGACGCUCAACAUCACCGUUGAACGCGGCUCAAGCUGCCAGUCAAGAUCAACAUAUGCCUGGUGUGGAUAGAGCCCAAGGCUGCACCAGCAGCAGAAGAUCAAACCCACGACGCAGAUUGUGCCAACGCAAUCCUUUGCAGGUCAAACAGUAUGGGCCAUCAAAAUUAGGAGGCUUAGGCUGCGCGGCUGGUCGUGAAGGUGUCAAGAGUCUGCGUGUCCACUUUGCUGCCUACGCGUCCUGCCAUGCUCGCGCACACACAACGCUUACGAUUCUCACUGGAUUCCUACAAACAAGGCGCCUAUCCAUGUCAAAAGACCUGGGCUAUAUAAUGGCUCUAAUUGUUCUGUCUUUCGCCCUCUUAAAGGGUGUGGGAAUAGCCCACUCGGAAAGAACAAAGACUGACUUCCUACCACAGGCCGAACGUUCGAACUACCGCCCAGUCGAAACCUCAAUCCGGACGGACCACCACCACGACUACUAA